UUUUCGGGAGCCCAGCUCGGCUACUCAAGCAGCAGCAGCAGGGCGGCCUCUUUCUCAAGAAAGCGGCAAAAGUCUACUGAGUUCGAAGUUGUAAGCAGGAGCCGACUCGGACCCGAAAGAGAGGUGCGGCAAGGUUUCUGGCGGGCUUGCUGCCUCUGAACGCUGACUCUUCCCUCUCUUCCUUUUCCUUCACUAAGAAAAAAGCUAAUGCGAAUGGCUGGCCCCACUUUUUCGUCUGACGACAUCGUAAUCACGUCUCCCAACGAUAGGCGUUUGUACAGGCUUCUGGAGCUCGAAAAUGGCCUUCGUGCUUUGCUAGUUCAUGAUCCCGAGAUUUACCCCGAAGGCCCCCCCAAGGCUGUCAUGGGCGACGAAGAAGAGGACGAGGAGGAUGAGGAUGAGGAUGAUGAUGGGAGUGAAGAAGGGGAUGAGGAUGACGAUGAGGAUGGGAGUGAAGAAGGGGAUGACGAUGAUUUUGAGGACGUGGAUGGGGAAGGUGCCCACCAUGAAGCAGGAGGAAAAGGGAACAAGGCUGCACCCCAGACUAAAAAGGCCGCGGCGGCGAUGUGUGUAGGAAUAGGCAGCUUCUCUGAUCCAUUCGAGGCUCAGGGACUAGCACAUUUUUUAGAACAUAUGCUUUUCAUGGGGAGUGAUGAAUUUCCAGAUGAAAAUGAGUAUGAUAGUUAUUUGUCCAAGCAUGGUGGCUCAUCUAAUGCAUACACGGAGACUGAGCAUACCUGUUAUCACUUUGAAGUGAAGCCAGAGUUUCUCAAGGGUGCCUUGAAAAGAUUUUCUCAGUUCUUUAUUUCACCUCUAGUAAAAAUGGAGGCUAUGGAGCGAGAAGUACUUGCAGUAGAUUCAGAAUUCAACCAGGUUCUACAAAGUGAUGCUUGCCGUCUUCAACAAGUUCAAUGCCACACUUCUGCACCUGAUCAUGCUUUUAACAGAUUCUUUUGGGGGAAUAAGAAGAGCCUGGUUGAUGCUAUGGAAAAUGGUAUCAAUUUGCGGGAUCAAAUAUUGAAAUUAUAUAUGAAUUAUUACCAUGGUGGAUUAAUGAAGCUUGCUGUGAUUGGUGGAGAGUCUCUGGAUGUGCUUGAGAGCUGGGUUGUGGAAUUGUUUGGUGCUGUGAAAAAAGGUCACCAAGCAAAGCCAGAAUUUAAAGUGGAAGGUCCUGUCUGGAAAGCUGGUAAAAUAUAUUGGCUAGAAGCUGUUAAAGAUGUUCACAUCCUUGACUUGUCAUGGACAUUGCCUUGUCUACAUCAAGAGUAUCUAAAGAAACCAGAAGAUUAUUUAGCUCAUCUCCUUGGACAUGAGGGUAGAGGAAGCUUGCUUUCCUUUUUCAAAUCUAAAGGAUGGGCUACUUCUCUGUCUGCUGGGGUUGGCGAUGAAGGAAUGCACCGCUCAUCUAUAACCUACAUUUUUGUCAUGUCCAUACAUCUCACUGACUCUGGUUUGGAAAAGAUUUUGGAUGUCAUUGGUUUUGUAUAUCAAUACCUUAAGUUGUUGCGUCAAAUUUCUCCCCAAGAAUGGAUAUUUAAGGAACUUCAAAAUAUUGGAAACAUGGAAUUUAGAUUUAGAAGAGCAGAAGAGCAACCUCAAGAUGAUUAUGCUGCUGAGCUUGCAGAAAAUUUACACUUCUAUCCACCAGAGCAUGUCAUCUAUGGUGAAUACGUGUACAAAACUUGGGAUGAGCAGCUGAUAAGACAUAUUCUUGGUUUCUUCACCCCCGAAAACAUGAGGGUAGAUGUUGUGUCAAAGUCCUUCCCAAAGUCAGAAGGCCUCCAAAUUGAACCUUGGUUUGGUUCACAGUUUACUGAGAAAGAUAUUGCACAAAAUUUGAUGGAGUUAUGGAAGAAUCCUCCUGAAACUGAUGCUGCAUUGCAUCUUCCAUCAAAGAAUGAGUUUAUUCCAAGUGAUUUCUCCAUUCGUGCUGGUGACCUCUGCAAUGAUGACUUUGCAAAUUCAACUUAUCCUAGAUGUAUAGUUGAUGAGCCUUUGGUGAAAUUCUGGUACAAGCUGGAUAGUGCUUUCAAAGUUCCUCGGGCCAAUACAUAUUUUCGCAUUAACUUGAAGGGUGGAUAUGAUAAUGCAAGGAGUUGCGUAUUGUCUGAAUUGUUUAUUCUCCUUCUUAAAGAUGAGCUGAAUGAAAUUAUAUAUCAGGCCAGCAUUGCCAAGUUAGAAACUUCUGUCUCUUUCGUUGGUGACAAGCUUGAGCUCAAGGUCUAUGGUUUCAAUGAUAAGCUUCCAGUUCUCUUAUCUAAACUACUGUCUGUGGCUAGAACUUUUAUACCGACUGAAGAUCGAUUCAAGGUUAUAAAAGAAGAUAUGAAGAGAACUUUAAAGAACACAAACAUGAAGCCUUUAAGCCAUUCAUCAUAUUUGCGGUUACAAGUUUUGUGCAAGAGCUUCUAUGAUGUUGAUCAGAAACUGAGUCAUCUAGAUAAUUUGUUUCUUGAUGAUCUGAAGACAUUUAUUCCUGAUCUUCGUUCCCAGCUUUACAUUGAAGGUCUUUGCCACGGAAACCUGUCUGAAGAGGAGGCCAUUAGCCUAUCAAAUAUAUUUAAGAUGAAUUUUCCUGUACAACCGCUCCCCAGUGAGUUGAGACAUGCUGAGCAUGUUAUUUGCCUGCCAUUAAGUGCCAACCUUGUUAGAGAUGUUAAUGUGAAGAACAAAUUGGAAAAAAACUCUGUGGUUGAGCUUUACUUUCAAAUUGAUCAAGAUGCUGGGAUGGCAUCAACUAAAUUGAAAGCUCUGAUUGAUCUUUUUGAUGAAAUAGUAGAAGAACCCCUUUUCAAUCAACUGAGGACAAAGGAGCAGCUUGGUUAUGUUGUUGAAUGCAGCCCACGUUUAACAUACCGUGUUUUUGGGUUUUGUUUCUGCGUUCAGUCAUCUGAGUACAACCCCAUUUACUUGCAAGGAAGAAUUGAUAACUUCAUAGAUGGCCUGGAACAAUUGUUGGAAGGACUUGAUGGCGAUUCCUUUGAGCACUAUAGAAGUGGGUUGAUGGCAAGGCUAUUGGAAAAAGAUCCGUCACUUACGUAUGAAACCAGUAGAUUUUGGAAUCAGAUUGUUGAUAAAAGGUAUAUCUUUGACUUGUCGAAGAAGGAAGCAGAAGAACUGAGAAGCAUAACCAAGAAAGAUGUCGUCGACUGGUACAAGACGUAUCUUAAGCAGUCGUCGCCGAAUUGUCGGAGACUUGUUAUUCGUGUAUGGGGUUGCAACACAGACUUGAAAGAUGCUGAAGCAGUACCCAAAAAUGUUCAGGUCAUUGGAGACCCAGAAGCCUUUAAGAUGUCAUCCAAGUUCUAUCCUAGUGUCUGUUAACUUGAAAGCUGAAACUUCCUUGCGUUGGAAGUGUGGCAUGGCCAUGGAGGGGCCUUCAUUUCGCAUUAUAAUAUGGUUGGUGGGCGGUGGCUACUGAGGAACACUUGCUAAAGGUUUCAGAGGAAGAAUUUCUGAAGUCAUGGCUCUUCAAUGAUGCCAAAUUACUUUUUUUUUUUUACUCAACCUAAUUUAUACCCAUAAAUGGGCUGCACUGUAAACGGUGCAAUUUCAUUUCAAGCCUAAAGUGGUUUCACUAUUUUUUUUUUGUAAGCCUUUCGAAAUUUAAGUAUUUAUUAUAGGCUUUAAUGCCAUAGUUAUUGUUAUUUUAUCGAUAUGCAUUUAAUUUUCCAUGCUUUCGAAUGAUUGUUCUUUGUAAUUGAUUGUUGACCUGAGCUUUUGAUAACAAUUAAAUUGUUCAAGAUGCUUGCAUUUUUCAGAACAAAUAUUUCUGUAAUGUUAUUAUAUGGUUGCCUUUUC